AGUGGAUGCAGGAAGUCCUCUCCAAACUCAGUAGAAGUGUAGCAGAGCAACUUUGCUUUCCUGGCUGCCUGGCUGAAUCCACGGACUGUUGCACAAACAGGCUAGAGGUAAUCAGAGAUUUUGAAAGAUGGUGUGGACAGCAUUUUGGAUUAUGAAGAAGCAGUUUGAGGGCUACCCUAAACUAAGCGAUUUUGAGCUCCAAGAGGCAGAAUUACCACCACUAAACAAUGGAGAUGUGCUGCUCGAAUCUGUAUUCUUCAGUGUUGACCCAUACAUGAGAGCCUACAGCAAGAGAAUGAUGAAGGAAGGGGAUAUAAUGUUAGGAAGCCAAGUGGCAAGGGUUGCGGAAAGCAAGAAUUCUGAAUUUCCUGUAGGAACCUUUGUUGUGUCUGCCGCAGGCUGGAUAACUUACUUUGUCUCCAAUGGCAAAGAUUUACAGCGAAUGAUCCCUGACUGGCCAAAUGAGCUUCCCAGAUCUCUGGCCCUUGGAACAAUUGGCCCGCCUGGGCUUACUGCAUAUUUUGGCCUUUUUGAUGUUUGCAAGCUUAAACCAGGGGAGACUGUACUGAUCAACUCAGCCGCUGGUGCUGUGGGCAGCGUGGCUGGGCAGAUUGCCAAAAUAGCAGGUUGCAAAGUGGUUGGCAGUGCAGGCUCAGAUAAAAAAGUGGCCUUUCUAAAAAAUCUUGGCUUUGAUGUUGCCUUUAACUACAAGACUGUGGGAUCCCUGGAGCAAACUCUGAAAGAAGCAUCUCCAGAUGGCUACGAUUGCUACUUUGAUAACGUAGGAGGUGCGUUUAGCAGCGUUGCUGUGGAGCAGAUGAAGACAUACGGGAGAAUUGCGGUGUGUGGUGCUAUUUCGUUGUACAGUGACAAGGAGCCCCAAAAAGGUCCUUACAUCCAGCUUGCUGUGCUCUUUAAACAGCUUCGCAUGGAAGGCUUCCUGGAAGCACGGUGGCAAAACCAUGAGGAAAUAGGUCAGAAAGCUCUGUUGAAAUGGUUCAUGCAGGAAAAAAUUAAGUGGCGUGAACAUAUCACAGAAGGAUUUGAGAAUAUGCCGGCAGCAUUCCUAGGAAUGUUAAGGGGAGACAAUUUUGGGAAGGCAAUCAUAAAAGUGUGAAAGGCACAUGACUCCCCCCGCCAAGAAAUUUAGCACACUGAAUUCCUGCCCGCAUCUUCUUUA